UUAACUUAACUUAUGGUCCCUUCAUCCGAGCAGCAAGACUCGUUAAUCAUAUAUGCAGUAUCGAAUAUGACUAAGACUAUGGGGAAAAAAGCAAAACAUAAAGAACGUUUGGCACAGGUUGUGUUACGAACAUGUCCUGCAUUAGCAAGAUUUUAUAACACCAAAGCCAAGUUAUAUGAUGUAAACAGAGGGGAUAUAAAUGACAGAAGAAAUAUAUUCAGCAGAUGUUUAUUUUGUUUCAACACUUUUUGUCCAAGUAACUGUAAUAUCCGACUCAUACCAAAGCCAGCUGUAAACAAAAAGAUCAAGAGGCUGCUGGGUAGACACAGUACACACCCAUCCACCCUGGGAAACUUUCAAACAAAAUUGGUGGAGGACUACAUACAUGGAAAAAAUACAGUGACUGUUACCUGUCAUGAUUGCAAGAAGACAACAAAACUUGCAGGUCAGAGCAGAAAUGAGAAACAGCAGCUGAAGUUAUAUAUGGAAAGGCAAGCAGGUUUUAAAAAGGAAACCGAAGGUGCUGUAAAAGUAUCAGCUAGAAAGGAAAGGAAGAAAGAGAGAAGAAAAUUACAGAGGAAAAGGAGAGCUGAAGAGACAGAAGAUAUAAAUGCUGGUCUUACUUUAACUGAUACAGUGGGAUCAGAAUCAAAUGGUGCUUUAAAUAAUGAAAGGACUGGUCAGAAUAAAACAGAGUUGGCUGAAGAGGACAAUCCACAAAUAAAGCAGUCAGAAAAUUGGAAUGAAAGCCAAAAGUCAAAUAAAACUGAAACUUCAACAAAGCAGGAAGAUAAUGUUAGUGAAGUAAUGAUAUCUUAUGAAACAUCACACAGAAGUGCUCGAAGUAAUUUUGAAAUACAGAAGAAACAGACAAAUAGACAGACUGUAGACAAGAAUAGAAUUAACUUAUUUCAACAGACAGUGAGUGGACAAAAAAAAUCUUCUAGUAAGAAAAACAAGUCAAAGAAACAAUGUCAAAAAUUGAGUAACAUUUUGAAACAAGAACAGAAGAAGCAAACAGAGGGAACUCUUGCAGAUUUUCUUUCUGGAUUGUAAAAAAAGUGUGUAUUAAACAAAAAUAAGAAACUUUU